GAAUCAGUGGUUACUUCUGAAGCUGUCAAUGAACUAUCGACUUCAUCUGAAUCAGUCAUUACUUCAGAGCCAGUCACUGAGCCAUCCAGUCCUACUGAAUCCGUCGUUACUUCUGAACCGGUCCCUGAACCAUCUACUCCAUCUGAAUCAGUGGUUACUUCUGAAGCUGUCAUAGAACCAUCAACUCCAUCUGAAUCAGUCAUUACUUCCGAACCAGUACCUGAACCAACAACCACAUCUGAAACACCAGUUGAAACUGAACCAGUCACUGAACCAUCCACUCCAUCUGAAUCAGUGGUUACUUCUGAAGCUGUCACUGAACCAUCCACUCCAUCUGAAUUAAUGGUUACUUCUGAAUCAGUCACUGAACCCCCAACUCCAUCUGAAUCAUUGAUUACUUCCGAAGCUGUCACUGAACCAUCCACUCCAUCUGAAUCAGUGGUUACUUCAGAAGCUGUCAAUGAACCAUCCACUCCAUCUGAAUCAAUGGUUACCUCAGAGCCAGUCACUGAGCCAUCCAGUCCUACUGAAUCCGUCGUUACUUCUGAACCAGUCCCUGAACCAUCUACUCCAUCUGAAUCAGUGGUUACUUCUGAAGCUGUCACAGAACCAUCGACUCCAUCUGAAUCAGUCAUUACUUCCGAACCAGUCACUGAACCAACAACCGCAUCUGAAUCAAUGGUUACGUCUGAACCAGUCACUGAAUCACCCACUCCAUCUGAAUCAAUGAUUACUUCAGAGCCAGUCACUGAACCAUCUACUCGAUCUGAAUCAGUGGUUACUUCUGAAGCUGUCACAGAACCAUCGACUCCAUCUGAAUCAGUCAUUACUUCCGAACCAGUCACUGAACCAACAACCGCAUCUGAAUCAAUGGUUACGUUUGAACCAGUCACUGAAUCACCCACUCCAUCUGAAUCAAUGGUUACUUCAGAGCCAGUCACUGAGCCAUCCAGCCCUACUGAAUCCGUCGUUACUUCUGAACCAGUCCCUGAACCAUCUACUCCAUCUGAAUCAGUGGUUACUUCUGAAGCUGUCACAGAACCAUCGACUCCAUCUGAAUCAGUCAUUACUUCCGAACCACUCACUGAACCAACAACCACAUCUGAAACACCAGUUGAAACUGAACCAGUCACUGAACCAUCCACUCCAUCUGAAUCAGUGGUUACUUCUGAAGCUGUCACUGAACCAUCCACUCCAUCUGAAUCAGUGUUUACUUCUGAACCAGUCACUGAACCAUCCACUCCAUCUGAAUCAAUGGUUACUUCUGAAUCAGUCACUGAACCCCCAACUCCAUCUGAAUCAUUGAUUACUUCCGAAGCUGUCACUGAACCAUCCACUCCAUCUGAAUCAGUGGUUACUUCUGACGCUGUCAAUGAACCAUCCACUCCAUCUGAAUCAAUGGUUACUUCUGAACCAGUCACUGAAUCACCCACUCCAUCUGAAUCAAUGGUUACUUCAGAGCCAGUCACUGAGCCAUCCAGUCCUACUGAAUCCGUCGUUACUUCAGAGCCAGUCCCUGAACCAUCUACUCCAUCUGAAUCAGUGGUUACUUCUGAAGCUGUCACAGAACCAUCGACUCCAUCUGAAUCAGUCAUUACUUCCGAACCAGUCACUGAACCAACAACCGCAUCUGAAUCAAUGGUUACUUCUGAACCAGUCACUGAAUCACCCUCUCCAUCUGAAUCAAUGGUUACUUCAGAGCCAGUCACUGAACCAUCUACUCCAUCUGAAUCAGUGGUUACUUCUGAAGCUGUCAUAGAACCAUCAACUCCAUCUGAAUCAGUCAUUACUUCCGAACCAGCCACUGAACCAACAACCACAUCUGAAACACCAGUUGAAACUGAACCAGUCACUGUACCAUCCACUCCAUCUGAAUCAGUGGUUACUUCAGAGCCAGUCACUGAACCAUCCAGUUCUACUGAAUCCGUCGUUACUUCUGAACCAGUGCCUGAACCAUCUACUCCAUCUGAAGCAUUGAUUACUUCCGAAGCUGUCACUGAACCAUUCACUCCAUCUGAAUCAGUGGUUACUUCUGAAGCUGUCACAGAACCAUCGACUUCAUCUGAAUCAGUCAUUACUUCAGAGCCAGUCACUGAGCCAUCCAGUCCUACUGAAUCCGUCGUUACUUCUGAACCAGUCCCUGAACCAUCUACUCCAUCUGAAUCAGUGGUUACUUCUGAAGCUGUCACAGAACCAUCGACUCCAUCUGAAUCAGUCAUUACUUCCGAACCAGUCACUGAACCAACAACCGCAUCUGAAACACCAGUUGAAACUGAACCAGUCACUGAACCAUCCACUCCAUCUGAAUCAGUGGUUACUUCAGAGCCAGUCACUGAGCCAUCCAGUUCUACUGAAUCCGUCGUUACUUCUGAACCAGUCCCUGAACCAUCUACUCCAUCUGAAUCAUUGAUUACUUCCGAAGCUGUCACUGAACCAUCCACUCCAUCUGAAUCAGUGGUUACUUCUGAAGCUGUCAAUGAACCAUCUACGGCAUCUGAAUCAAUCGUUACUUCAGAGCCAGUCACUGAACCAUCCACUCCAUCUGAAUCAUUGGUUACUUCUGAACCAGUCACUGAACCACCCACUCCAUCUGAAUCAAUGGUUACUUCAGAGCCAGUCACUGAGCCAUCCAGUCCUACUGAAUCCGUCGUUACUUCUGAACCAGUCCCUGAACCAUCCACUCCAUCUGAAUCAGUGGUUACUUCUGAAGCUGUCACAGAACCAUCGACUCCAUCUGAAUCAGUCAUUACUUCCAAACCAGUCACUGAACCAACAACCGCAUCUGAAUCAAUGGUUACUUCUGAAUCAGUCAUUACUUCCGAACCAGUCACUGAACCAACAACCGCAUCUGAAUCAAUGGUUACGUCUGAACCAGUCACUGAAUCACCCACUCCAUCUGAAUCAAUGGUUACUUCAGAGCCAGUCACUGAGCCAUCCAGUCCUACUGAAUCCGUCGUUACUUCUGAACCAGUCCCUGAACCAUCCACUCCAUCUGAAUCAGUGGUUACUUCUGAAGCUGUCACAGAACCAUUGACUCCAUCUGAAUCAGUCAUUACUUCCGAACCAGUCACUGAACCAACAACCGCAUCUGAAACACCAGUUGAAACUGAACCAGUCACUGAACCAUCCACUCCAUCUGAAUCAGUGGUUACUUCUGAAGCUGUCACAGAACCAACCACUCCAUCUGAAUCAGUGGUUACUCCUGAAUCUGUCACUGAACCAUCCACUCCAUCUGAAUCAAUGGUUACUUCUGAAUCAGUCACUGAACCCCCAACUCCAUCUGAAUCAUUGAUUACUUCCGAAGCUGUCACUGAACCAUCCACUCCAUCUGAAUCAAUGGUUACUUCAGAGCCAGUCACUGAACCAUCCACUCCAUCUGAAUCAAUGGUUACUUCUGAACCAGUCAGUGAACCACCCACUCCAUCUGAAUCAAUGGUUACCUCAGAGCCAGUCACUGAGCCAUCCAGUCCUACUGAAUCAGUCGUUACUUCUGAACCUGUCCCUGAACCAUCUACUCCAUCUGAAUCAGUGGUUACUUCUGAAGCUGUCACAGAACCAUCGACUCCAUCUGAAUCAGUCAUUACUUCCGAACCAGUCACUGAACCAACAACCCCAUCUCAAACACCAGUUGAAACUGAACCAGUCACUGAACCAUCCACUCCAUCUGUAUCAGUACUUCCACCGAAAUUACCAAAGUCUGGGGAAGAUUCUAAUCCUUCAUCUAAAGUGCCACCUCUCGCGAUACUAACAGCGGAACCCACAACUUCGUCUAAGUCACCAACAUUUAUACCAGAUUUCCUACACCCAUAUGAAAUAGGACCAGGAGAUAAGUCCCCAACACAUUAUUCUGUUCUUCCUCAACCUAAUCAUGAUGUUCCACCUGGACCAGUACUUGAGAUACAUCCCCCUAUUUUCCCUAACAUGCUGCCCAAAAAAGUGCACAAGCUACAUAGACCAUGGGUAAGGCGCAAGUGUUACAGAGGCUAAAUGAUGAUGAUGAUAAUGAAUAUGAUCAAGUAAAUUAAUCAUCUUCCAAAAUCCUAGAAAGCAAAAAUGUCUGAUUGUGUUGUG